AUGAGGCUUGUGAUCAACCCCAAGCCCAUCGACUCGACGAAUGGCGUGAGUUAUGUCUACGCUUUCACGACCUUCUUCCCGGAGAUUCGCAGGAGCACCGACAACAUGGUGAUUUUCCAAGUCCGAGACGAGUUUGGAAACGACGUGCCUGACCUGGGCAACAACUUCAUGAUCUGUGAAGCGGACGGCCCAGAGCGGCGCACGCCCCCGUUCCGUCCACCUUUGGACAUCGUCAGGCAUGGUGCCGGGCUCUUCCGUGUCAACCUGAAGCUGGACACCACAGGCCUUCACAAGGUAAGCUGCUAUGCGCUCAACAAAGGAGGCGUGAAUGCCCGGUACUUCAACAAUCGCUGGGUGGAGGGCGUCCCGGCCAUCUCGCAGGUAGACACGGCAAUUGACUUUAACUGGGGUGAGGGUCUGGUCACAGCAGAGUCCUCAGACUAUGCCUCAGCCCAGUUCGACGGAUAUCUGCAAGUCCCAACGGCCGCAAACUACACCUUCUACGUCACGGCAGACGACGGUGCCAAAAUGUGGCUGGAUGAUGAACUGAUCAUGAGCCAGGAUGAAGCAGGGCAGUUCCAGACCAGACCCAUUCUGCUCACAGGAGACCGGCUCUACCAUGUGCAGGUUAUGUACUACGAGCGCACGGGUUUCGCCAGGAUGAGGCUUGAAUGGUCUAGCGACCAGGGCGUGGCGCGCGAGGUGAUUGGCAAAGACAACUGGUUCCAUUCCCGGAGCCGUUUGGGACUCUUCCCUCAGACAGUCCUUGUCUACGACAAGCCAGGACCCGUUGAAGCUUUCUACCACCACGACUUCCAGUAUGACGUAAAUCAAUUGUCCUGGGUUCCUCCGCAAGACAGCAGCGCCAAGCCAAUCCUUGGCUACCGGAUCUUUCGUGACAACGGUCAGGGAGGGGCGAUCGACAGUCUGCUGGCUAUCACCGACCAGAACACCUUCUCCUACACUGACUCGGGCCUGGUCACCGGUCUCGUCUAUUACUACAGGAUCAUGGCCGUGAAUGGCGACGAUGGUGAGCCUGUGACUAUCUCGGCACAGCCAUCAGUGUCUUUUCAUCCUGUUUGGGACGCUUUUCUGGUGCCGGAAACUCCAGGCUAUACACUCUACCGAAAUGAUGGCCUUGGUGGAGUCCUGCGGUUCACCUAUGAGGGUGACAUGGAUGGCACGUCCAUGGUGGAACUGAUGAUUGGCGGCCUUGUGGAAGGGUACCUCUUCCAGACUUCUUACUGGAGCCGCAUUGGCCAGAGCCCCUUGAGCGACGUGACGGCUGUGGUAUGCUGUGAGUUCCGGAAGCCGGGCUCCCCACCGCUGAACCUCCGGCGAUCAGGUGACCAGAGCAAUGAGAAGAUUUCUCUAGCCUGGGAUCCUGUGACCGACAUUGGCACUUCGUCCUUGAUCUACUACCGGCUCUACAUGGACGACGGCUAUACAGAGAUCUCGAAGAACACCGCUUCAGGUACCACAACGACGGAGUUCUUCGAGUUUUUGACACCUGGAAAUCCCUAUCGCUUUGCCGUUGCGGCGGUCAACGCUGCAGGGGAAGGUCCUCGCAGCGAGCGAAUUACGCUGACGGCGUCUGAUGUUGCAGGUCAACCCUAUGACGUGGAGGCCACUUUUCAGAGCUCCUACCGAAUCGACUUGCAGUGGAGCAAGCCUUUGCUCACAGGCGCUUCAGGAAUGAGCGGUUACAAGGUCUGGGUGGAUGAUGGCAAUGGUGGUGCCAUCAACAAUUUGAUCUGGGACGGUGGCACCAAAGCCGCCACACUCUCCUAUUCAUGGGCACCUGUUUUCUCCGACGGUACCGUGGCACUGCUGGCUGGGCACACGUACCGCUUCCAAGUGCAGAGCGUGAACCCAACCGGGGAUGGUGCUCGGUCAAACAUUUUCUCCAUCGUCGCAGCCUCCAAGCCAGAUGCGCCCGGCCGGCCCGCUGUGGACAGGACCUCCACCUCUGCUGCAGCUGUGCACAUCUCCUGGGCUGCACCUUACAAUGGAGGCUCUCCCGUCCUGGGGUACAUCGUCGAGAGGAAGAGCUCGCCAACUGCACUCUGGACCUCAUUGACGACAGCGUCGGACAGCUACACCUCAACAACAUACGUGGAUACUUUCCAGCUGGUUGCUAGGUCCUUCUACAUCUACCGCGUGUCUGCGUUCAAUUUAGUCUCUGUGGGGGAGACCCUCUACUCACCGGAGUCUUCGAUCCCAGCAGCUGCGGUGCCCACGGCACCGACAGUGACUUUUGUAACGUCCACAGAGACAACCAUCACCGUGUCCUGGAAUAUUCCACUCUCCGAUUUAACGGUCACCGGCUUCCGGUUGUAUGUGGACAAUGUGCUGAAGUAUGAUGGCGCGGGUGUGAGCACGGUGCGCACGUUUACACUUGCUGGCUGUACGACAGGCAACAUGCACGACUUCCGCGCGACUGCCAUCAGCGAUGCUGGUGAAUCUGGUUACUCGGCCUCCUUACCGCGUUUCUGCGCCAGGCGUCCAUAUCCUCCACCACAACCUUCCUUGAAGUCUACCACUCUCUCGGCAGUUGAAGUUCAGUGGGUGCCUCCAACAAACAAUGGGGGCAUGCCCAUCUCUGGCUAUAAGGUGCAGCGCUCCAAUAGUGACGUCUACUUCUUCGGCACUGUGCAGUGUCUGCAAACAGACGGGUCUUAUCUGACCACGUUGCCCGAGAACAUAGACUCCUGCUUGGAUGAUACUGCAUUUCUUUGCCCUCUGCGCAGGUGCAAGUAUCGGGUAUUGGCAAUUAAUGGUGUGGAGGAUGACAAUUUUGCAGACGUGUCGCCAUACCUUGUAGCCACAGCUGCUGACCUUCCAACUCCACCAACUUCUGUCACGAGGGACGACCCUCCUGCAAGCAAAACUGCAAUUGAAGUUCACUGGUCGCCAGUCACCGAUGCUGCUGAGACUGGCGGUGCCCUUGUUAUUGGAUACCGAGUUUAUGCUAAUACGGGAAUUGAUGACGCACUUUCUCUGGUCUUUGAUGGUUCUGGCAGCCCAUCUGUUCGCUCCUUUAAGCAUACAGGGCUGACACCAGGAAGGCGUUACUGGUACCAGGUCAGCUCGGUCAGCAGCGUGGGUGAGGGGGCACGCACCAACAUCUCCACAUUCCUGGCUGCCGAGCCGCCUGCCUCACCGCUGCAACCUCGGUUCAUCACAGCCAGUUUUGGGUCGAUCACGAUCGGCUUGGAUCCCCCUCCCUCGGAUGGAGGUUCGCCCAUUGUCCGCUAUGUGAUCUAUCACAAUGAUGGCACCGUAAAUGGUUUGCUAAGCACGCAGGUGUCGGUCUGCGACAUGUCCAGGACUGAGUUUGAUGUGCCGAACCUUCUCCUCGGCAGGGAUUAUCAAAUCCAGGUUCAAGCCCAUGCAGAUUGUCCAUACGGAGCAGGAACAUCACUGCAUGAAUAUGACUCUGAUGGUAUUUGCGUCAACGACGGUGCCUGUACGCUGCCAGGUGGCAGGAGCGGCAUUGCGCUGUUUACUACCACAGACGUGCCUGAUACGGUGACGCUUGAGAAGGUGAGCCAGGAGCGUACGAGCGUGACCUUCCGCUUCGAUCCGCCGGGAGGGGAUGGUGGCAGCCCUGUGACCAGUUUUGAGCCCUACCGCGAUGAUGGGCUUGGAGGUGAUUUUGUGCGUGUAGACGUUCUUCCAACAAAUUACUUUGAAACCGAAACGGACCUCUCUGAGUCGGGUAACGAGUACAAAUACACUGGUCUGGUGACUGGCCGCCGCUACAACUUCUUCGUGGCAGCCUGCAACAAGAGGGGGUGCCGGAGCGGCAUCAUCUUUGGGCCUCUCACUGCAGCCGCGCCACCCGACCAGCCCGAAGCGCCUUUGGCCACUGCGACGUCCGCCGUGCCGCCUGUCAUCAACUUCACGUGGACACCACCAGACAAUGGCGGCAUGCCCAUCCUCAAGACAGAGAUCCAGCGAGAUGACGGCCAGGAGUGA